AUGGCGGAGAAGACGCAGUGCUGUGGCCGGAAAUGGUGCGUCAGCGAUCCGUGUGGGAUCGUGUGCGCCGUAAUAACAUGGCUGCUGAUCGUUUAUAGCCAAUCCGUGGUGUUCCUAGUGCUGAUUCAUUCUUUUGAAGAACACUGGCUUCAUACUGGUGUUAAUUUUGUGCUUUUCGAAUUUUUGACGGCUUUGGCACUCAUUAGCCAUGUGAAGACAAUGCUGACUGAUCCUGGCUCCGUGCCAAAAGGUAAUGCUACUGAAGAACAUAUAGAGCGGUUACAAGCGGCAGAAGAGUUCAAGGUGAUUUAUAAAUGCCAGAAAUGCUGCAGUAUCAAGCCGGAUCGUGCGCAUCAUUGCUCGGUUUGCGAUCGUUGCAUUCGUCGCAUGGACCAUCAUUGUCCGUGGGUGAACAACUGUGUGGGCGAAGCGAAUCAGAAGUAUUUCGUGCUGUUCACGGUCAGCUUUUGA